AUGGCUCCAUCUACGGAUUCCAAGUUUGUGACUAUAGUCUCAAAUGACGGGUUUGAAUUUAUUAUCCCCCGCAGCGCAGCUUGUGUUUCAGGCACUAUCCGGCGCAUGUUGGACCCUUCGAGCAAAUUCCCCGAAGGUCUCACCGGUCGCUGUGUGUUAGAAGAAUUCUCGCAUGUCUCACGUUUAUAUGGCCCCUUUUCGAUGAAUAUUGCUAAUGGAUCUUUGUUUCUUUGCAGUGGCAUCGUCGUCGAAAAGAUCUGUGAAUACUUCUGCUACAAUGAAAAACACAAGGACCAGGUCAACGUGCCGGACAUGGAUAUCCCACCUGAGUUGUGCCUGGAGCUCCUGAUGGCAGCUGAUUUCUUGGAUACUUGA